GGAAAUAUUUUAACAAGGAAGUAAAACUCUUUACAGAACUUCAGUUUAAAUGCAGACUCGUCCAGUAAAGGAACAAAUGGCGUACCAUCUCUGAACAUGACAUAAACCAAUAUGUAUAUUUGGCUUAAUAUACUAUUCUUGUUUGCAUUUAUUCCUUACGUGUUACCAAGUGGUUUUCGAGGAGGAUUGCUUUCGUGGACGGCUGUAGAUGAAACAGAGAUACUCAUCAGCCAUCGGGUAUCCUAUGAGAACUCCUAUUGUUCUACUGCUGAGAGAACCGAUACAUUGCAAUGUAAUAGUGGGUGUUAUGGCAGUGUUAUAUUGGCUUCGAACUGCACAAGGAACAGCCCCUCUGAGAAUUGGGCGGAUUUUGAAGGAGUCACCACAUUUAAUAUCACAAACAAAGCAUCAACGACCUUGGAAUUAAUAUUUGCUGGGAGCGCUUGGAUGUCUUUGAAUGGACCUACAUCUGCUGGUUCAUGUAGCCUUAAAAUGACUGCAGAUGUAAGUCAACGAAUUGAUACAGGAUCAAUAAACCACUCACCUGUAUCGUCUAUGAGUUCAACUUUAGUUUUGUUCCAAUCUUGUUUGACAUCUGAAACUAACAUCCCAGUAACGGACGCCGACGGAGAUGUUGUUCGCUGUCGCUUUGCAGCAGGACCAGACGAAUGUGACUCUGUUUGUGGAAACCAUAUUUCAUCUCUGAUAUUAAAUGAGUUGUCCUGUUCGUUUACUGUCGGCAACCUAAGUAAUGUGCCUACUGGGAAAUACGCCAUGGCUCUACAGAUAGAAGAUUUCAUAAACACGUCAUCCACUGUUCCAUUAAGCAAUGUCCCUUUACAAUUUGUCAUUCAUGUGGACUCUGCCAACCCAAUCACCUUCAUAUCACCAACACCGUCCGAUGGGUCUAUCCUACUAUUUACAACUGUUUCGUUACAGUUUAUUGCAAAGGCCCGAGUACAAUGCACAAGUGUUGAAGUAACCAAAUUCAAUAUUACAUCACAGCUGCAUUUCACGAUGUCGGGCAUUACACAACCUACGGAUACGCCAGAUGAGUUUGAGGUCACUGUGUCACUUGGGUCUGUUACCAAAGAUAGUAUUGGAACCCAUCAACUGUGCUUUGCAGCAGAAGCAACAAAUGGACUGUCCUCAGAAUGGAGAUGUGUUACGGUGAACAUUACAGAUACUGAUGACUGCUUCCCGGAUCCCUGUCAAAACUACGGAAACUGUACAGACCUGGUCAACGACUACCACUGCGAUUGUGUUCCUGGAUUUAAUGGGACAGACUGUGAAAACGAUAUCGAUGACUGCACACCAUUACCAUGUCAAAAUAACGGAACCUGUUCAGACCUGGUCAACGACUACCACUGUGAUUGUGUCGCAGGAUUCAAUGGAACAAAUUGCACAAACAAUAUUGAUGACUGCUCACCGGAUCCCUGUCAAAACAACGGAACCUGUACAGACCUGGUCAACGACUACCACUGCGAUUGUGUUCCUGGAUUUAAUGGGACAAACUGUGAAAACGAUAUCGAUGACUGCCAAGCAGAACCUUGUCAAAACAAUGGAACCUGUACAGACCUAGUCAACGACUACCAAUGUGUUUGUAUUGCAGGAUUCAAUGGAACAAAUUGUGAAAACAAUAUUGACGAGUGUUCCCAAGGUCCCUGUCAAAACAAUGGAUCUUGUACAGACCUGGUCAACGACUACUAUUGCGAUUGUGUUCCUGGAUUCAAUGGAACAAAUUGUGAAAACAUGAUCAAUGAGUGCUUGCCAGGUAUUUGUCUAAACAACGGGACUUGUACAGACCUUGUGAAUGACUACCAGUGCGACUGCGUUUCUGGAUUUAAUGGAACAAAUUGUGAAAAUAGUACGUACAGCUAAUCCUAGUCUCAGUACAUGUACAUUGUAUUUGUUGAAGAUGAAAGGGCUUUAAAGUUUGAUUCAGUUUUUGUAUGUACCUUGCUCUUCAUUUUGGUCCGUUUAACAUUUUGAAUGCUGGCUUUGGUUGGUGAGAAGAUUUUCAAAACGAGGUAUGGAAGAUGUGGCAUUUGUAUUUUUUAGCUUGAGUGAGUAGAUUCCGUUAACGGCAUCCUGUCAGAUAUCGUCGAGUGUAAAACACAGUCAUGUCAAAACAGAGGAACUUGUAAAGAUCUGUAGCCCUUUUCACAAAAAUGCUUAAGAUUUUGCGUAAGUUUUUGACUUAAGAAAUUCGUAAGUCAAUUCUUAAGUGCUUUUCACAAACGCAUUCGUAAGUAAAAAAAAAUAUU